CCAGAAAUACCGAUUUUAAGAUAACCAAACUAUCAACAGAACAAGUAUUUUAUUUCUGAAAAUGGCAACUAAGUAUAAUUUACGUUGUAAUCGAAGCAUAAGUGAAAAAAUGAUGAAAAAGGACUUCAUUUACGACAUCCGACGACCUAUCCCUACGCCAAUAGUUGAAAAACCAAUUGUCUCGCUAGAGCGUAUUUUGGAUUUUGAGUGUAAUUAUUGUCACGAACCAAUUGCGACUCUGCACUCAUUAUCAACUCACGUCAAGUGUCACUGCGCAAAUUAUUGCAAAGUUUGUUUUUGGAUAUUGAAGCCCAAUGAAACCAUGGAAGAACACAUGAAACAGUUCCAUUUUUCAGAAUCGACGAUAUUUUAAAGAUAGCCGAUGCUCCCCCCAAAGUGGUUUCCAUAAAACCUGUGGAAGUUAUGAUAUGAAAUCCAGUUUCACAUGCACAGCAGCUCAUAUGGAUCCAGCACCUGUCAAUUUCUUUGAUGUUUGAAUCAUAUUUAAAUGAAAUGCAUUUUGAAAUGGGAAAUUUAUU